GCUAUUUUUUGUUUUCCAAAUAGUUGCUAGUUUAAAAAAUAUUUUGUACAUAUGUUUGUCAGGAGAAUGUGCUUCUUUUUGAGUAUCAACAGAGCCUGGGUCAGUGUAAACUGUGAGGGUGCAGGAGCUACUCUGAUGCGCCUAAUGACCAUAUAAAGUGCGACUUGUCUUGACUGAUUGCAUUGGCUUGCCAGGCCACUCAAAGCCAGUCACAUUUUAGCCUAAAGUGGUCACACACCGUGUGAGUGUAAUUGCUGUCUGCUGCUGCUGGAGAAAAUACACUUCAUUGUUUCAAAGAGGGUCUCCUCCAUCCCCCGGCUCCUGCCAUAGGGCUGCACCUUAGGUGUGCACAGGAAACAUUAACUUCUUCCUGAAAGAAUCAGUUAGUAUUACGAGCUGUGCCCCGACUCAUUUUCACCUUCAUAGUUACACACUUAAUUUGUCUCAAAACACAGAAAUAGGCUACCCAGACAGUGCUAGAGAAAUAUAGACAUAUUCUUCACAAAUUAAACAUUAUCAUGUUUAAGUUGAAGUAUUUUUCAUUACUUUAUUGCAGAAACUGUUAACAAAAUCUGAUCAUAUGUGUGCAAAAUUUCUUCAGUCAUGACUAUAAACAGUAGAAUGUGUUAAAUAUUCAAUACAUCCACACAGAUGAAUCAAUCGAUCAUAAAUUCUGAAAUCCACUUGAGUUUAGGAAACCAAUGAACUAAAAUGGUCUGAUUGCAGUGGUGUGCAAAUUGUAUUGUUCUUUUAUUAAAAUAGUGUACCAUAUUGGCCUUCAUUUGGACAGGGUUUAAAUGAAUCUUGGCUGCAGUUAAAUCCCAGUUUAGGCAUGGUUUAGGGGAAUUUUAGAUUGCCAAAAUUGAACAAAGGUAUUGCAUGAAAAGAAAAUUGUGGUACUUGGAUUUGAAAAGUUACAAAAUAUUUGUGUUUGGGUAAGUGGAAAGUCAGUUUACUUAUAGUGAAUCAAACUUCAGGCCCUGUACAAAGAAGCCUGUGCUGUGAGUUAUAAGUUACAUUCAAGAUAUGAACAGAAGUUUUAAACGGUGUCCUUGGCUGUUCUGUUAGGUUGAGUAGCGCCUCGCCUUACCCUACACCUUAUAAACUACUACCUAACAAGAACAAUCUGUGAGAGGACUAGGCUGCUCAGACACGGCUGGUGAAAAGGGGGAGGAGAGUGCAGCAGAAGGAGGGAGUUGCUCAUGGUUAUCCAGACAGAACUCCAGACUGAAAUCUGAAACAGCAAGGAGACCACUCUAUGUAAGCUCUGGUUCCAGAUCACUCUUCCAGACAACUUCACAAACUACAUGCUAUUUCUCAUGUUUCACCCUCCCCCCUUUCCAAAUGAGAGCAGAGGUUCCUGUCACCCAGCUUGUACGCAGAUGGAAAGACAAAAGUCUGGUGGACACAAUGCCAGAACAGAAAGUCAAAAUGAAGACUGCUGUUUCACAUCUGAUCAGCCUCCUCACUGUCUAUACCCUCAGCAGAACUUUGGCCAGUCCCCUUGCACUUUACAGCGCUUUUGAGGGAAGCACAGAUGAGGAUGAACUCUUCAACUCUACAUCUUCUUUAGCUCCCACGUACCUGUUCUCUGAGCUCCCGACCACGCCUGCUGGCCCUCACGUGAACGCAGAUGCCCUGAAGCGAGUUGAGGACUUCCUACGAGAAAACACACUCUUGAUCCUUGUCACAAUCACUUUGGUCUUCCUGAUAUUUCUCAUACUCUGUGGGGCCUUUUUUAUGAGUCGCAAGCGCAAAUUCAAUGCCUACUACCCGUCUUCUUUUCCCUCCAAAAUGUAUGUGGACCAUCGGGACAAAACUGGAGGUGCUAAAACUUUUAGUGACUUGCCAGAAAAAGCAAGUCUAGAACAGAUUAGUGAGACAAUUGACAGCCACAAGCAGCUUCAAGCAGACAUCAUGAGAGCAGCCAGGAGUCUACGAUCUCCUAAUAAGUCAGCAGUAGAAGGCCAGCUGGAGGAGCACAGGUCUGAAGAGAUCACCCUGCCACAAGACAGCAUCUUGGACACGCUGUUGCCCAGCCUCCCUGAGGAGAAGGAGCCUUGUCAACUUUCUCUCAGUGAAGCAACAGCGGUUUCGUCAGAUGAGAGCCUGUCUGCUAAAAGUGAUUCACAAGAGGUAUUAAUCAAUAAGAACGCACGCCCAUCCUCUCUCCACAUCCACAACGACACUGCCACACUCCAGCUAAUUGCAGGAGAGAAAACGGCAUUCUGAGGCACCAUGGGCUAUGGAUAUGUCUAUUUUGCUCCCAAGAACAUUUACAAUAAUAUUUUAAAGGGAUAUUCCUUAUCAUUGUGUUUGCAGACAUUUCUGCAUUUCAGGCUGCCUCUCAACCUGAUACAAACAUUCAUUUGGUGCUGAAGACUAUUUACUGUUUAUUGCAUUGAAUGAAGGUUCAACAAAUUGUUUGCUUUAAUAGGACACAGGUCAUCUUUAUCUUUCAUGCUGAUGCAAUCAUGAAAUUGAGGAAAAAUGGAAGUGCAAACAACUAGGUAAAACAUUUUUUUUUGUAUUAAAUGAAAUGUUAAAUGCCAAAAGCAUGUGAGUUUGCCUUAUCAUGCGUAUUUAUCAUCAGAUUUUAUGGCCUAACACACUUUGCAUACUUAAGCAUACU